UUGUACUUUGGCUGCUGCAAUGAUGGGGCCAAGGUUCCUCUGGCUGCUCUGGGCUUGUGCAUGCUGCUGGAGCACUGGCUUCUGUGGGAAGGUGGUGGUCUGGCCCACGGAUGCAAGUCACUGGAUCAAUGUGAAAGUGCUGCUGGAAGAGCUUGUUCUCCGGGGUCAUGAAGUGUCUGUGCUGGUGCCUUCAAGCAAUCUGCUCAUCGACUAUACAGACAAAUCCUCCCCCUUCACUUUUGAGGUACUGGAAGUCCCCUUUACUCAGAAGACCCUGGAUGAUAUGAUGGAGGGUUUCCUCCAUUUCUGGAUAGAUGAGAUCUCUACUGCCUACCCCUGGGACAUCAUGUGGAAGAUGAUAGAGGACCUGAAAAACUUUACCAAAUUGUCAAAAGAGACCUGUGACACCUUGGUGAUGAAUCCUCAGCUGAUGGAAAAGCUGCAGCAGGCCAAGUUUGACGUUCUGAUUGCUGACCCCCUGUCUGUAGGUGGGGAGCUGGUAGCAGAAAUCCUGGCAAUCCCUUUUGUCUACACCUUCCGCUUCUCUAACGGGAACACGGUAGAGCGGCUGUGUGGUGGGCUCCCAUCCCCACCUUCUUACGUGCCUGCUAGCACCAGGGGACUGACAGACCAGAUGUCCUUUGUGGAAAGACUGCAGAACUUCCUAUUUUACUUGUAUUCGGAUUUAUUUUUCUUGAAGUUCUGGCGAGAUGAGUUGGAUGGGUACUAUAGUGAUGUCUUAGGAAGGCCCACAACCCUGUGUGAGACGAUGGGGAAAGCAGAGAUUUGGUUAAUCAGAACAUACUGGGAUUUUGAAUUUCCACGCCCUUUCCUGCCCAACUUUGAAUUCGUUGGAGGACUUCACUGCAAACCUGCAAAGCCCUUACCAAAGGAAAUGGAAGAAUUUGUCCAGAGCUCAGGGGAACAUGGCAUUGUGGUAUUCUCUCUUGGGUCGAUGGUCUACAAAAUAAGUGAUGAAAAAAGCAAUGUGAUUGCCAAAGCCCUCAGCCAGCUUCCACAAAAGGUCCUCUGGAGGUACAAAGGAAAAAAACCAGAAACUCUGGGCUCCAACACCAGGAUUUAUGACUGGAUACCCCAAAAUGACCUACUUGGCCAUCCCUUGGCAAAGGCCUUUAUUACUCAUGGUGGGACCAAUGGGAUCUAUGAAGCUAUCUACCAUGGGAUCCCAAUGGUUGGGAUUCCCAUAUUUGCAGACCAGCAUGACAACCUUGCUCACAUGAGGGCAAAGGGAGCUGCAGUUGAGCUGGAUUUCAGCACACUGAAGACCCAGGACCUGGUUGAUGCACUGAAUGAAGUAAUUUACAAUUCCACAGAAGUAAGCCCAGACCAGCUCCUGAGAGUUUUCUGCUCACCCUCUCCUCCUUGUUCUCUGAUAGUAGAAAUUCUCUGGAAGCUCUGGGUGAGAGUUAUGUUACCAAGAUCCUUAUGUUAUUGUUCCUGUCAGUCAGGAUCUAGAGGGCAAGGAAACCUGGUAGCUUUCCUGUCUUUGGCAACAACUCUUGUCAAAUGUGAAGGACAGGUACCCCUUCAAGUCAGAACCUGCAAAUUCCCAAAGCAAAUGGACCAACAUAUAUGGAGCUGUUCAGUCUGAGGAAAUGAGCCAUGCUGGAGGUGAACUGGAACAACCUGGAUGACAAUCAGGGAUCCAAAGACCUGGACCCUGCAAGUGCCCCCCCUGCCAACUUCCCCCUUAGUUUUAUUGCCGAGUUAUUUAUCCACAUCUCCCUUUAGUCAGCUGUCCUAGCUCCUCGGGCACCUCCAGCCUACUCACUGGGAGGAGCAAUAUAAGGAGCAGAAAAGGUCUUGAUGCUUUGUAAGCACUGCUCAGCUACAAUGAAAACAUCCCUCUGUUACCAACAUUAUUUCCAAAUCCCAAACAUAGCCCCACACCAGCUACUAUGAAAAAAAAAAAUCAACUCUAUCCCAGCCCAAACCAGCACACUCUGAUAUUCUGGAACAGAAAAUGCUGCAAAUAUUUCCACGUUGCCACGUUUUUGGAAGGAGUCUCUGAAAUAACUUUGAAUAACAUUAUUUGGCAGAAGAUUGGCUUUCUGUUCAUAACCCAGUUCUUUGCAGGUAGCAGUAAAUUCAGCCACUUUCAAAUAUAUUUAAAGAACAUUGAUGAAAGUAAAAGCAGGGCUACCUA